GUUUACACCGAUCACUACUAAUCCGGACCGAACCGAUCCGGAUUAAGGGGCCGGAGGCGGGUCCUGGGCACCAGCGGUUCCGACCCCCCCCGCCCUCCGCGCCGCACCCAAGUGGCCCCGAGCCGAGCCGGCCCCCACCUCCUGGCCCGGCCUGGGCCCUCCUGCGCCUCCCUUGGCCUUUGUCCGGCGCCAGGAGGCCGGUCCCGCGCCCCCCGCGGCCGCCCGGGCCCGGGCCCGCGUCAGGCGCCUGGCUCUGUACCCGAGUCCGGGGAUCAGCGGCCUCCGCGGCCCGCCUCCCCCGCCCGCCCUCUCGUGGAGCCCGGCGCGGGCGACGGCUGCCCGGGCGGGGGGUUGCGGAGCUCAAGAGAGGCCCCGGCUCCGCCCCGGGCCUGCCUAGGGGGAGAGCGGAGCGGCCCGCUGCCGGCCGGGUCGGGGCCCCUCCCGGGAGGAGCGUGAAGCGGCGGCGGCGGCAGUAGAAAUGAUGGAAGAAUUGCAUAGCCUGGACCCACGUCGGCAGGAAUUAUUAGAGGCCAGGUUUACUGGAGUUGGAGUUAGUAAGGGGCCACUCAAUAGUGAGUCUUCCAACCAGAGUUUGUGCAGCGUGGGAUCCUUGAGUGAUAAAGAAGUGGAGACUCCUGAGAAAAAGCAGAAUGACCAGCGAAAUCGGAAAAGAAAAGCUGAACCAUAUGAAACUAGCCAAGGGAAAGGCACUCCUAGGGGACAUAAAAUUAGUGAUUACUUUGAGUUUGCUGGGGGAAGCGGGCCAGGAACCAGCCCUGGCAGAAGUGUUCCACCAGUUGCACGAUCCUCACCGCAACAUUCCUUAUCCAAUCCCUUACCGCGGCGAGUAGAGCAACCCCUCUAUGGUUUAGAUGGCAGUGCUAUGAAGGAGGCGUCGGAGGAGCAAUCUGCUCUACCAACCCUCAUGUCAGUGAUGCUAGCAAAACCUCGACUUGACACAGAGCAGUUAGCACAAAGAGGAGCUGGCCUCUGCUUCACUUUUGUAUCAGCUCAACAAAACAGUCCCUCUUCUACGGGAUCUGGCAACACAGAGCAUUCCUGCAGCUCCCAAAAGCAGAUCUCCAUCCAGCACAGACAGACCCAGUCUGACCUCACAAUAGAAAAAAUAUCUGCACUAGAAAAUAGUAAGAAUUCUGACUUAGAAAAGAAGGAAGGAAGAAUAGAUGAUUUAUUAAGAGCCAACUGUGACUUAAGACGGCAAAUUGACGAACAGCAAAAGAUGCUAGAGAAAUACAAAGAACGAUUAAAUAGGUGUGUCACAAUGAGCAAGAAACUCCUUAUAGAAAAGUCAAAACAAGAGAAGAUGGCAUGUAGAGAUAAGAGUAUGCAGGACCGAUUGAGAUUGGGCCACUUUACUACUGUCCGACAUGGGGCCUCCUUUACUGAACAAUGGACAGAUGGUUAUGCUUUCCAGAAUCUUAUCAAGCAACAAGAAAGGAUAAAUUCGCAGAGGGAAGAGAUAGAAAGACAACGGAAAAUGUUAGCCAAGCGGAAACCUCCUGCCAUGGGUCAGGCCCCUCCAGCAACCAAUGAGCAGAAACAGCGGAAAAGCAAGACCAAUGGAGCUGAAAAUGAAACGUUAACAUUAGCAGAAUACCAUGAACAAGAAGAAAUCUUCAAACUCAGAUUAGGCCAUCUGAAAAAGGAGGAAGCAGAGAUCCAGGCCGAGCUGGAAAGGCUAGAAAGGGUUAGAAAUUUACAUAUCAGGGAACUAAAAAGGAUACAUAAUGAAGAUAAUUCACAAUUUAAAGAUCAUCCAACCCUCAAUGACAGAUACUUGUUGUUACAUCUUUUGGGUAGAGGAGGUUUCAGUGAAGUUUACAAGGCAUUUGAUCUAACAGAGCAAAGAUAUGUAGCUGUGAAAAUUCACCAGUUAAACAAAAACUGGAGAGAUGAGAAGAAGGAGAAUUACCACAAGCAUGCAUGUAGGGAAUACCGUAUUCACAAAGAAUUAGAUCAUCCCAGAAUAGUUAAGCUGUAUGAUUACUUUUCACUGGACACUGACUCGUUUUGUACAGUAUUAGAGUACUGUGAGGGAAAUGAUCUGGACUUCUACCUGAAACAGCACAAAUUAAUGUCGGAGAAAGAAGCCCGAUCCAUUAUCAUGCAGAUUGUGAAUGCUUUAAAGUACUUAAAUGAAAUAAAACCUCCCAUCAUACACUAUGACCUCAAACCAGGUAAUAUUCUUUUAGUAAAUGGUACAGCGUGUGGAGAAAUAAAAAUUACAGAUUUUGGUCUUUCCAAAAUCAUGGAUGAUGAUAGCUACAAUUCAGUGGAUGGCAUGGAGCUAACAUCACAAGGUGCUGGUACUUAUUGGUACUUACCACCAGAGUGUUUUGUGGUUGGGAAAGAACCACCAAAGAUCUCAAAUAAAGUGGAUGUCUGGUCAGUGGGUGUAAUCUUCUACCAGUGUCUUUAUGGAAGAAAGCCUUUUGGCCACAACCAGUCCCAGCAGGACAUUCUACAAGAGAAUACUAUUCUUAAAGCUACUGAAGUGCAGUUCCCGCCAAAGCCAGUUGUAACACCUGAAGCAAAGGCGUUUAUCCGGCGAUGCUUGGCCUACCGAAAGGAGGACCGCAUUGAUGUCCAGCAGUUGGCCUGUGACCCCUACUUGCUGCCUCACAUUCGAAAGUCAGUCUCCACAAGUAGCCCUGCUGGAGCUGCUAUUGCAUCAACCUCUGGGGCAUCCAAUAACAGUUCUUCAAAUUGAAACCUAUUCCAAGGCCACAGACUGUUCAACACAUGAAGUAGACAAGUGGCAUUCAGCAGCGGGUUUGGAACAUAGCGAAUCCGAAUGGAUCUCAUGAAACCUGUACCAGGUGCUUUUAUUUUCUUGCUUUUUUUCCAUCCAUAGAGCAUGACAGCAUCGAUUCUCAUUGAGGAGAAACCUUGGGCAGCUCUGGCCAGGCCUCAUAGGAAAAGGCCCCUACCAAGGUUCCAGCGUCAACGGCCACUGUGUGUGGCUGCUCUGAGUGAGGAAAAAAAUUAAAAAGAAAAACUGGUUCCAUGUACUGUGAACUUGAAAACUUACAGACUCAGGGGGGUCCCUGAUGCAAUGCUUCAGAUGAAGAAUGUGGACUUGAAAAUACAGACUGGGCUAGUCCAGUGUCUAUAUUUAAACUUGUUCUUUUCUUUUAAUAAAGUUUAGGUAACAUCUCCUGAAAAGCUUGUAGCACAAAGGCUCAGCUGGGGAUGGUGUUUGACUUCAGAGGGAAAAAGUUGCUAUUGCCCGUUAAAGGCACUAGAGUUAGUGUUUUAUCCCUAAAUAAUUUCAAUUUUUAAAGAUAUGCAGCUUCCCUCUCCCCUUUUUUAUUUUUGAAGGAAUACAUUUGGUCAUAAAGUGAAACCCGUAUUAGCAAAUACGUGGCAAUGUUCAUUCCAAUCAGAUGCAGCUUUCUCCUCCGUCUGGUCUCCUGCUUGCAACUGCUUCCCUCAUCUCAGUGGGGAAAAAAGGGAGUGGGAGAACUGAGAUGUGUGGAUUUUUGCCAUUGGACAAAGAAUGAGGUUAGAAGACCGCAGCUUGGAGUCUCUCUAGGUUUUCAACUAUUUCUUCACAAUUUGAACACUUGACGGUUAUCCCUUUUAAUUUAUUUGAAGUGCUAUUUUUUUAAAUAAAGGUUCAUCUGUCCAUGCAGUCCUUCUGGAUUCUCUGAAUGUAGUGACUAUCAAUACUGAUCCAAAGGUAGGCAGAAAACAGUCUGGGAAGACAAAUGCUCUGGGGAUCGAUAGUUCCUACCCACGGUCUUUGUGUGCUUGCUAAAUGGUGUACAUUUCUUGAUAACCAUGUUAUUAAAACUUGAUUAGUA